AUGGAAUCCAACCCAGAUUCAACGGCCUUGGCCCAGCAAAUUCAAGCCCUGGCAGCCACCAUCGAGGAACUCACCAGGCAGAACCAGGAAAUGAAGCUGCGGCUCCAGCAGGUCCAACAAGCUCAACAGGAAGAAAACCGGUCCAAGGGUAACACGGAGGGAGAGGGGGAUAGCCAACAGAGGGAAACCCCCCGGAGACCAACUACUCCGGACGAACAAAACUCAGAUCUUCUUCGGGAAAUGAGGAAAGAGAUGGACGAACUAAGGAGCGCCAUCAAGGAAAAGACAGACCGGAGUGUAGACAAGAUGGUGGACGAAGCUGAUGACAAGGUGCAACUGACGACCUUCAAGGCAGGGUUGAAAUCCAGAGAUCUUGUAGCCUCCCUUGCCAAAAACCCCCCGAAGACAAUGGCUGAGAUGCUCCUGAAGGCCCAAAAAUACAUGAAUGCGGAAGACGCUCUAGCUGCCAUAAAAGAUACCGAGAGGCUGGGAGACAAGUCCAAGCGGGAAGACGACCGCAGAGGGCAAAAGAGAGACAGACCAGAACGUCGGAACAAUGACGGGAAUAGAAGGAGGGAUGAAAAAAAUCCUCGUCAGAAAGGAGAAUAUAGCAAGUUCAGAGACGACAACAGGACCCAAAAAGAAUCCUUCAAUCGGGAUGACGACCAUACAUCCCAACCUCCACGCAAGGUGAUCGGGGAGAUAAACACGAUCACGGGAGGACCAUUCUCAGGAGGGUCAUUCAGAUCGCUUAGAAAAGCAUGCUACAGACAGGUAAACAGCGUCCACGCCAUUCCUCCGUCCAAGUACCAACGAACGUACCAAGAUAUGUCCUUUAAUGAAGGAGACGCCAGGGGAGUGAAACAGCCUCACAACGAUCCCCUGGUCAUAGUACUGAAUAUAGAAGGGUUCAAUACCAGAAGGAUCCUUGUUGAUAACGGAAGCUCAGCGGAUAUCAUCUACCUCCCAGCCUUCCAGCAGUUGAAGUUAGAUCCAAAAAGGCUCCGUCCUUUUGACUCUCCGCUGGUCAGUUUCAGUGGAGACAGGGUCUACCCCAGGGGUAUAGUGACUCUGACGGUGACAGUAGGAACCUACCCGUUGCAGCUGACCAAACAAGUAGAUUUCCUGGUUGUAGAUUGCCCCUCAUCUUACAAUGUCAUCAUUGGGAGGCCUACCCUAAACAAGUGGAAGGCAGCAACGUCCACAUAUUGUUUGAAGGUGAAAUUCCCAACAGACGAUGGUGUAGGUGAGGUGAAGGGUGAUCAGGUCCUGGCAAGGGAGUGCUACCAGGCCGUACUGGCAAGAAAGGAGAACCACACGUGGACGAUAGAAGAAAAAGAGGAAGACGGAGUGGAGACCCUGGAAGCAGUGGAGUUGGUAGAAGGAAAUGCGGACAGGACAACCAGGAUAGGGACGACGCUAAGCCCUGAGAUGAGAACGAGACUUAUAAAGUUCCUUAAAGGGAAUCUUGAUGUCUUUGCAUGGAGUCACGAGGACAUGCCAGGCAUUUCUCCAGAGAUCAUCCAGCAUAGACUGAAUGUGGACGCCAACGGGAAGCCCGUUCAGCAACGACGAAGAACUUUCGCUCCAGAGCGAGAUCAAGCAGUAGCAGAAGAGGUAACCAAACUCUUGACGGCUGGAUUCAUCCGGGAGGUAUACUACCCAGAAUGGCUCGCCAACGUCGUCCUGGUGAAGAAACCAAACGGAAAGUGGAGAAUGUGUGUAGACUUCACUGACUUGAAUAAAGCAUGCCCAAAGGACAGCUUCCCUCUACCAAGGAUAGACCAGCUCGUGGACUCUACCGCUGGACACAAGUUGUUGACGUUCAUGGACGCCUUUUCAGGGUACAACCAGAUAAAGAUGGCUGAAGAAGACCAGGAGAAGACCGCCUUCAUCACCAGCCAGGGACUCUAUUGUUAUAAGGUGAUGCCUUUUGGGUUGAAAAAUGCUGGAGCUACAUAUCAGAGGUUGGUAAACAAAAUGUUCAACCAACAAAUUGGCAGAAACAUGGAGGUAUAUGUAGACGAUAUGCUCGUCAAAAGUAAGGAAGAGCUCGCUCAUCUGGACGACCUGGAGGAGACUUUUACAACCCUGAGAAAACACCGGAUGAAGCUGAAUCCUAGCAAAUGUGUUUUUGGGGUAGCCUCGGGAAAAUUCCUGGGAUUCAUGGUGUCCCAGAGAGGAAUAGAAGCCAAUCCAGAAAAAGUACAAGCUAUCAUUGACAUGGCUCCACCCAAGACCGUCAAGGAUGUACAAAAACUUACGGGAAGGAUAGCAGCUCUAAACAGGUUCGUCUCUAGGGCCACAGACAAAUGCUUGCCCUUUUUCAAAACUCUCAAGCAGGCCUUUGCUUGGACUGACGAGUGCGAAGCAGCGUUCCAAGAGUUGAAGCGAUAUCUGAGCAGUCCACCUCUCCUGAGCCCGUCCAAAGGAGGGGAGAACCUAUAUUUGUACCUGGCAGUAUCAGCCUCGGCAGUCAGCGCAGCCUUGAUUAGAGAGGAAGGCAAGAAGCAACUCCCGGUGUACUACGUCAGCCAGGCCUUUCAAGGAGCUGAGUUCAGGUACCCAAGAAUUGAAAAGAUUGCGUUCGCGCUUAUAGUAGCCUCGCGCAAGCUCAGACCGUAUUUCCAGUCAAAUCCUAUCCUUGUAAUGACGGACCAGCCAAUCAAGAAAUCAAUGAACAAACCGGAAGCAGCAGGGAGAAUGGUCCAAUGGGCAAUCGAACUCAGCCAAUUUGACAUCGAGUACCAUCCAAGAGUAGCCAUCAAGGCACAAGCUCUGGCUGACUUCAUCGCCGAAUUCACUCUUCCAGACGAAGAAGGAACUACUGACGAAGUUGAUAAAUGGACAAUACAGACAGAUGGUUCGUCGGCCCAAAAGAGGGGGGGAGUAGGGGUCGUCAUAACUACCCCCGACGGAGAAGUGAUGAAGUAUGGAGUUCAACUGGAAUUCCCAGCCACCAAUAAUGAAGCCGAAUAUGAAGGAAUAUUGACGGCCUUGAGGCUUGGAAAAGCUCUUGGUGCCAAAAAUUUGCUGGUCCAGAGUGAUUCAAAGCUGGUGAUCGGGCAGAUCAAUGGAGAGUAUGAGGCAAAGGAGGAAAGGAUGCAGAAAUACCUUAAAUUGACGAGGAUUUUAAUUCAGGAGUUCGACACAGUGGAUUUCGUCCAGAUACCAAGAAACCAGAAUAUUGAAGCUGACGAAGUGUCGAAACUAGCGUCGUCAGAAUCAGGAAUGACAAGCGCAGACGUGGCAAUAGAAAUUCAGAAAUGCCCAAGUAUUGAGGAGGUGGCAAUACUCACCACCCAGAGCACAAACACCUGGAUGACGCCCUUGAUAUCCUUCCUCCGAGACGGACACUUACCCCAGAAUACUGACGAAGCCAGAAAGGUCAAAAAGAGAGCAGCCAGGUUCACGAUCCUAAAUGACGUCUUGUACAAAAGAGGCUUCUCUAUGCCCUACCUGAAGUGCGUCGACGAGGACGAGGCUAAAUACAUCCUAGAAGAAGUACACGGAGGAGUCUGUGGCGACCAUGCCGGCCCCAGAUCCCUAGUAAACAAGGUGAUAAGAGCAGGGUACUUUUGGCCAACCAUGCAGGGGGAUGCUGCUAACCUCGUCAGAAGAUGCAGCAGAUGCCAGCGGUACGGAAAUGUCCAACGGCUGCCAGCAGAGAAGAUGACGACCAUAUCCUCCCCAUGGCCAUUCGCGCAAUGGGGAAUCGACAUCGUCGGUCCUCUGCCCCAAGGUAAAGGUCAGGCAGUACAGGUCAACCAUGAGGCCUAUAAAUCAUUAAGUAACAAGAUUCCGCCUUGA